CGGAUCGUGCGUGCACACUCCCCAAACUAUCGUCCGCGAAGGCACACCGAACGCCGUUCACGUCGUGCGCUCGUCCUCGUGUGUUGUUUCAAGCUCCGUUUCCAACGCGAACAGUUCGUUAUUGACAUUUAAUAGAAAUUUUGAAAAUGUCGUCGUCGAAUCGUAUUCCGGGUCGCGACACGAACGUCUGAUCGGUAAUCAGGAAAAGUGAGACACAGUGAUCGAGACUCGAGUGGAUGAUCUGAUAUGACAGUGCAGUGACUUGCUGGUUAUUAUUGUUUUACGUUUGCCUGGUUGGCCAUUUUCUGAAGAGCACUUUCGUCCAGCACCAGGUGAGACGGAAGUCUCAACCACGGCAGCAAAAUUGAGCUGGACUUGCACCAACGGGCCGCCGGCCACUUUAUGAGAGCCGGCGGCAACAUGUGCGACGGCUCCUUCACGGAGACCCUGCGCGGUAUGCAGGGUAUGUCGGGUACGUCGCCUCCCGGCGGCGCGGGGGUCGGUCCCAUGGGGGUUGGCCUCGGCAGCCCUCUUGGCCCGACCACGAAGAAGGCGCAGGUGGAGCACAUCAAGAGGCCGAUGAACGCGUUCAUGGUCUGGUCCCGGUUGCAGCGACGAAAGAUCGCGCAGGAGAACCCGAAAAUGCACAACAGCGAGAUCUCUAAGAGGCUUGGUGCUGAAUGGAAACUCCUGACGGAGGACGAGAAACGACCGUUCAUCGAUCAGGCGAAAAGGUUAAGGGCGCAGCACAUGAAGGAGCACCCCGAUUACAAGUACAGACCUAGAAGAAAGCCGAAAACCCUGCGGAAGGAGGGCUACCCCUACAGCAUUCCAUACCCCAGUGUGCCCAUGGAUGCGCUUCGAGCUGGAAUGGCUGGCGGAAUGGGACAAGCGGGAAUGGGCUCGUAUUAUGGUCCCGCGGCUGCUUAUGGUUCGCUUUCCGCGGCCAGUAUGGCUGCAGCAGCGGCUGCGGCUGCACAGCAAUCCGCAGCGGCGAUGUCCGCAGGCCUUGCUGCACCUGCUCAGGUGGUGAGUUCGAUGGACGCGAUGAAGUACUCGAUGGAGGCGGACAAGUAUCGUGCCGCGUACAUGCCACCAAGUACAUUAGCGAUGAGCAUGUAUUCCGACCCGAAGUACCUGGACUCGAAUCCAAAAUCGUACUUGGAUCGCAGCUAUCUGGACUCGGCGAAGGCGUACUUCGAACAGUCCAAGUUGUACAUGGAUCAGAAACCAACGAUAAGCGACUACAACCGACCCAGCUACGAGCACAAGCUCUACGACGAAUCCAGCCCUGGUAGCGUGGUGGGUGGUGGUGGACCGACGAGGUCGCCUGCUGCAGAAUCACCAGACAUGAGCAAACAACACGAACGAACCGAGCAAGGUUCGUCCAGUGCUAGUUCGACCUCGACUUCGUCGGCUGCUAGUCCUGGGGCAAGUUUACCAGCCUAUUAUCCUGGUCCAGUGCAAACGAGCGGUCUUUUAGGACCUCAGAUGAGCCAGUACAGUGGAUACCAAACUGCUCCUCCGCCUGGUAACGAAUCCUUCAGGCGACCGCUCACUGUCAUCUUCUGACCCGAUAGAACGUAGCUCUGAUCCAUCUUUGAGCAACAGAUGCCCUGAAUUUAGUCCGAGAGUAGCGUGUUCUGAAGACGUUUCACGGUGGGACGGAUAUGGAUGGUGUUGUUAAGGCAGAGAGGUUCGCUGUGGUGGAAUGUUUGAAAAUGAUUUGGAAAAGUUUUUGAGGUUCUGGAAAGUGGAAGAAAAUGUGACGCUGCUGUUGAAAUUUUUACCAAUGAUUUUCCGCAAGAUUACAAGCAAGAUUAAAUAAAUUAAAAAAGAAGCUCCACAAGUUUAAACGAUACUCGUCAAGAAAUACAAUACAGAAAAUGAAAAACAAUUUCUCUGAAUAAAUUACACAGAACACUAGAAUCAUGCAGUUACACAAAAAUCAAAAUGAAAACAGAGAUAUCAUAUCCCAAACAAAUUCAGGAAUCAUCGAAUCUUCCAGUGUUAUCUGUCAGUAUACAAACCUCGAGCCAUAGGACGAGAACCUCUCGAUGUACACCAGAUGAAAGAACCAUGAAGAGACCAAACCGACCCGAAGGAACAUGUCCACCUGCAAAUCGAAGACGUGGACAGGGCCAGCAAUGCUGGUGCAGGUCGUUGAAAGCGACAACGAACGUCGAUACUCUCCGCGUUCCAACUAUCUCCAAGCGCGUCGAGUUAAUCGACGCGACGAUUAUUUAUCAGACAUAGUUUCCCGUCGCUUAAGACGGCAUAACGAAGAAUUGUACAUAGUCCCUGUGUAAAUAGUGUAGCAAGGAUUAUUAUCACCGUACGACGCCCGAAAACGGUUUUCCUUCGCCCUUGUUCCCGACCAGUUUCGCCCCUUCACCUAAUCCAGGAUCCACGAAACCGUGUUCAAGAGGAGCACGACGAUUCCAGGGCGUACCUUCCCUCUUCCUUCACAGACAUGCUGCCUCCGACCACAAAAAGCACAGUAAGUCCAUACAUUCCUUUCUAUGGUUGCGUUUAUGCUUGCAACGAUGUGAAUCAAAAUUCCGAAUCUCCUUGAGCAAUAAAUUAACACGUUUCGGAGUGUGCUGUCUAUACAUGACACACCUGAUGCGUCCUGUACCACCUGCACACGACGCACCGGGUGCGUCUUGUAUUAUAGUACUAUAUCUUAACAGUGUAUCGUUUGUACACUAACACACAUGGUACAAAAUUUUGAAAAACAUUUAUACAUACAAAUUUACUCGUUAUUUUCAACAAAUUGAGAAGCAACAAGGAUUAAAUAAAUUAUUGUAUACGGCACGAGUGUAACUCGUGUUUCCUACGUUUGUAUCGUGAUUCGCACGAGUAUGACUCGAUGUUACAAAUCAAAGGAUUAAUAAUCAAUGUUACAUGUUGUUAUUCUAAUCUGUUGCAAGUGUGCUCGCGACUGACGAUCACGAUAAAAACCUCAUUUGAUCCUUUUUUGACUAAUCAAAGUAGCAGGACGAUGGUGUUCAACGGAACCAGGUAAAUAAUGAGGAGAACACGUUUUCCCGUGCGAUCGUUCGAUUCGUAAUCGCUGUACAUAGAUCCCUCCCGUUUCCGUUGAAAGAAUAUUUUGCCUCCUGUUUCGAUGUUUUCCCGAUUCUCGUACUUCUCAACGCGAACGAUCGUUCGUCUCGAUCUCGUCCCCUGUCCUUCGAGACGGCAACGCUCGUUUCCCCUCGAUUAUAGCUAAUGUUUCUCAUCCCUCGUUCUCGAUAUUCAGCUAUUUAUUAUCGACGUUUCUUUUUCCUUUCGCGAGUUGAUCAUCGAAGGAGUUUCGAGAUUAUCGAGAAUCGUGUUAAAAUAUCCUUUCCCAUUUCGCUGUUGCAUUUCUUCUUUUCUUUUCUUCCUCGCUGUUUUCGUUUGUUCCCACAAAGAGAGUACAUAGUACUCUCCUGGUUGGUUUUUCGUUGUUUUGUUGAUCGAUUUCUUGAAAAUAAGAGUGAAAGAGAGAGAGAGAGAGCUUUUAAGGACGUUUCGCGAGAGAACAGAGAUUAUAUUAUAAAGGAUAGAAGGUGUGAGCAUAGCGAAGAAGAGGAUCGCUCUCGUGAAACGUCCAUGACCCGCUGUAAGACGUGUAACCUUUGUAUUUGUAUCGUUACGAUAAAUCUUAAAUCUAUACCCGAUUAUUCGAGUAUUACGAAGUUUCAAGCGGCAGAAAAAAAGUAAUCUAUAAAUAUUGUACUGUAAGUGAGAAAGCAAAAUAAACGUUAAGUAUUAUCCUUCGAAA